CAUAUUAUUAUGAAGUUUCGAACGGCUUUUGUGGCGCCCAGCUCGAGGGUUUUUGGCCGGGGUGAGCUUGUUAUGGAUGCCAAAGAAAUUGCGAUUCGGUACCUCAAGACUGAUUUAAUUGUUGAUUUUACUGCCGCGCUUCCCCUGCCUCAAAUCGUCAUUAAAUAUGUAAUACCCGCAGCUAAAAGAAAUGGAUCUGGUCACUCCAAAAGUACUCUUGCUCUUAUCGUUCUCAUCCAAUACGUGCCAAGGUUGUUCGUUAUUUUUCCGUUAAAUCAGCAGAUUAUCAAAACUACAGGUUUUAUUGCUAAAACAGCUUGGGCAGGAGCAGCUUACAAUCUCCUUCUUUUCAUGUUAGCCAGUCAUGUGGCAGGAGCUUCGUGGUAUGUGGCAUCUAUAGGAAGACAGUACUCUUGCUGGUCGAAUGAAUGUAAGAAGGAACGUGAUGCAGUUCCACCGUGCGUGCCUGAUUUCUUAGAUUGUACAAGUGAUACGGAUACAUAUGUACGUGAUUAUUGGCGAAACAGCACGCAAGUGCUUGUAAAAUGUGAUGCUAUAAAUGAUGAAGAUUCUGGUUUUAAGUUUGGAAUUUUCGCUAACGCCUUUACUAAUGAAGUGGCUUCAUCAACAUUCAUGGAGAAAUAUUUAUACUGUCUUUGGUGGGGUCUAAGAAAUUUGAGUUCAUAUGGGCAGAAUUUGAAUACUAGCACUUAUAUUGGCGAAACAUUAUUCAGCAUUUCCCUAUGCAUCAUUGGCUUAGUUCUCUUUGCACAGCUUAUUGGAAACAUGCAGACUUAUCUGCAAUCUAUGACCGUAAAAAUUGAGGAAUGGAGAAUUAGAAAAAGAGAUAUAGAAGAAUGGAUGAGGCACCGACAGUUGCCUGAAGACUUGCAAGAACGUGUUCGCCGUUUUGAUCAAUGUAAAUGGCUUGCUACAAGAGGAGUUAAUGAAGAAGACAUCUUGCAAUCUUUGCCUUUGGAUCUUCGUCGUCAAAUCCAAAGACACCUAUGCCUUAAACUUGUUCGACGAGUUCCAUUUUUUGCACAAAUGGACGAUCAGCUGCUUGAUGCAAUUUGCGAACGACUAGUCUCGUCCCUAAGCAUAAAGGGUACUUAUGUUGUUCGAGAAGGCGAUCCAGUUAAUGAGAUGUUCUUUAUCAUCAGGGGACAACUAGAGAGCUCCACGACAAAUGGGGGAAGAUCUGGAUUCUUCAAUUCUAUCACUCUUAGACCUGGUGAUUUCUGUGGUGAAGAAUUGCUGACAUGGGCCUUAGUUCCUAAUACAACGCAAUUGCCUUCUUCAACUCGAACUGUGAGAACACUUUCUGAAGUUGAAGCAUUUGCACUUCGAGCUGAAGACCUGAAAUUUUUCGCGGUUCAGUUUAAACGUCUUCACAGUAAGAAGCUACAACAUGCAUUCAGGUAUUAUUCUCAACAGUGGAGAACAUGGGGUGCUUGCUUAAUACAGGCGGCAUGGAGAAGGUAUAGGAAGAAAAAGAUGGAAACUGAAUUGGCUUUACAAGAGAGCUAUUAUUAUAAUCAAGAUCCUAACAACAAUAAUGAUCAAAAUUAUGAGGCUUUUGAAGAUGUUGGUCUUGAGCAACCAUUGGUAGGCAGUGCUCAUAAUUCCCAACAACUUGGAGCUACAAUUUUGGCUAAAAGAUUUGCUACUAAUACGAGAAGAGGAAUAGAACAGAAGAUUCAGAUGACUGAUUCUUCUUCCAGCUUAAAGAUGCCCAAGUUGUUUAAGCCAGAUGAGCCUGAUUUUUCUGCAGAAUGAAGCCAUUAAUUAAUUAGUUAGAACACCCAGCUUUACUGAAAGGUACUAGCUAGUGAGUAAUCAUAAAGCUAGUACACUUUUUAUUUGUAAAUUUCAGGAGCCAUAGGCCUUUGUCAAUUUUGACUACAAUAUUCCUUUUACAAUCAUGUUAAAUACAACCUUCUUCUGUACUUGCUUGUGCCUAAA